AUGGCGUCGGCAAAUGACGCUAUGGAUGCGGCAGUGGCAGCAGCCAAUCGCAUUGAUGCAGUCGAAUUACAAUUGACCGGCAUCGCACAACAACUUCAGCUAUUGCUCGGUGGUGGCGCUGGCGGAGGUGGCGCAGGCGGCGGUGGCACUGGCGGAGGUGGUGCAGGCGGCGGUGGCGCUGGCGGAGGUGGCCCAGGCGGUGGCGCAGGCGGCGGCGGUGGCGGUGGCGCAGGCGGUGGAGCCGGUGGCGGUGGCGCUGGUGGUGGCGGGGCUUCCCAACGCCGUCGCAUCGAUACCUCUUGUUUGGAGAAAUUGCACGGAGACGCGUCUCUGGCCCAGCUCCGCUCCUGGCGGAAUCGGUGGAAUGAUUUUUGCCACUUGAACCAAUUGAACGCCUACCCGGUGAAUGAGCAGAUGGCGGCAUUUCGGAUGGCGCUGGAUCCAGCCAUGCAGCAGGUAGUGGAGGUGGCUUUGGGCAUCCUUCCCACGUCGCCCUUAUCGCCCUCUGACGUCAUCGACCGCAUCACGGAUCACGUUCGAUCUAAGCGGAACAUCGCGUUGGACCGCGUGGCGUUUGAUGAAUGCCGACAGCACACGUCCGAAUCCUUCGACGACUUCUACAUCCGCCUCCGGACGCUUGCGGACGCAGCCGACAUGUGUGCCGCGUGCUUGGACUCUCGGAUGGCUACCCGCAUUAUGGCCGGCAUACGAGACACGGAGACGCGGAGGAAGCUGCUGGCACUUAGUCCAUUUCCGACCGGUCAGCAGGCCAUCAACAUCUGCCGCAGCGACGAGUCAGCUAAGGCCAGUGAAAAAUCGCUGAAUCACCCGCCGUCAGUCGCACAGCUCCAGUCGAAGAGUCAACGUCCCGAUACGCCAUCCGACAACCAUAGAUGCGGCUCCUGCGGACGAUCAGCGCACCGCGCUAAUGACCCCUGCCCAGCGACCGGUAAGCAAUGUCACCGAUGCGGCGGCAUGAAUCACUUUUCUCCAUGUUGCUCGAAAAAUCGCAAGCAGGAGAAAACGGAAGGGGCCAGAGCGGGUGGCGGCAGCGGCGGUCACGGCAACGGUGGCACCUCCAGUGGCGGCGCUAAUAGUCGGGGCGAUGCCGGCAGCAGUCGGCCGCGUUCUCACAUGCAGCGCGUAGUUAUCGGCAACGUCUGUGCAAAACGCCGUCGUCCUGCUCCAACCAUCUCUCUACAGUGCUGUGAUUCGAACGGGGCGGUCAUCACCACCGUGCAUAACGUGACCCCCGACGGCGGGGCAGAAGUUACAGUGGCGGGCCUCAAUGUGAUGCGUGCAUUGGGCGUAUCAGAAAAAGACCUCGCAUCCGCGGCGUUUGACCUUGUAAUGGCAGAUAAGUCUACCCCCCUCUUGGCUGUCGGUGAGAAGGAGAUUACAGUGUGUUAUGAGGGGAUAACGGCAGCGAUCACCCUUACAUUUUGCUCGGAGGUUGACGGCGUCCUUCUGUCGUGGUUUGACUGUGUCGCUUUGGGCAUUUUGCACGAGGAUUACCCUCGUCCAUGGAGACAUUCACAAAAGGGUACGUCUGUCAGUUCUAUCGGAGCAACCCCACCAUCUUUCGUGUAUGACGGCCCUCUCCCAUUAUCUCCAUCCCCAGAUGAGAUCCAGCGGAUCGGAGACGCCAUCGCCCGGGGCUAUGCUGACGUGUUCGACCAGUCCGGUAUAUUAACCGAAAUGAAAGGGCCGGAGAUGGUCAUCGAGUUGAAGGACGACGCGGAACCGUAUUAUGUCAACGGCGCUCGCCCAAUCCCGUUCGCGGACCGACCGGAAGUAAAGAAAUUGCUGGAUGGACUCGUGGAAAAAGGUAUCAUCGUCCCCAUGACCGAAGCGUCCGACUGGGCGGCUCCCCUGGUUAUCACGCGCAAAUCUGACGGAUCUUUACGUAUCUGUGUAGAUCACACCAAGCUGAAUCGUCACGUACGGCGGCCUACUCAUCCUACCCGGACUCCGAGAGACGCAGUGGCCGAGAUCAGCGGCGACGCCACCUAUUUUUCCACGUUCGACGCGGCCAGCGGGUAUUUUCAAAUUCCACUACACCCGUCAUCGCAGCAUCUAACAGUGUUUAUGACCCCGUGGGGCAGGUACAAGUUCCUGCGAGCCUCCAUGGGGUUGAGCAGCUCCAGUGACGAAUACAACAGACGGGCGGACUUAGCGUUCCAAGGCGUCGGCAAUACCGUCCGCGUUGUGGACGACCUCCUUCGGUACGAUUCAUCCUUUCCAGAACAUGUGAUGGGCGUCUGCGCUGUCCUAUCGGCGGCCCGGGAUGCCGGCAUCACGUUCAACAUCACGAAGUUCCAGUUUGCCCAACCGCAAGUUCAAUGGGUGGGCUUCCAAAUUCAACAGGGAGGUGUCGCUGUAGACCCUGAUAAAGUGCGAGCCAUCUCGGACUUCCCGCGUCCGACCAACAUCACCGAACUCCGAUCGUUUAUGGGGCUCGUCGAGCAGCUGGCCGGAUUUUCCACGGAGGUGGCCGCUGCCAAGGGCCCUCUACGUCCUCUGCUGAGUGCCCGCAACGCAUUCAUCUGGACCGAAGACCACGACAGCGCGUUCGCGGCAGUCAAAGCCGCACUCACAGCGCCGCCUAUCUUGGCCCAUUUUGACCCAGAUCUGGAAACGUCCCUCCAAGUGGAUGCUUCCCGCAAGCAGGGGAUGGGUUACGCUCUACUCCAGCGCCACGGAUCGAUUUGGAAGCUGGUGGAUGCCAACUCCCGUUGGUGUACCGACACCGAGUCAAGAUACGCCAUAGUGGAGUUAGAAUUGGCGGCGGUCGAGUGGGCGAUGAGGAAAUGCCGCUUGUAUCUGCUGGGCCUACCUCACUUCCGCCUUGUCGUCGAUCAUCAAGCCCUCGUCACCAUCCUCGACAAAUAUACGCUAGAUGCCGUCGAAAAUCCAAAACUGCAGCGUUUGAAAGAGCGCCUUUCCCCUUUCAUCUUCACAACAGAGUGGCGCAGAGGCCGCGAUCACGCCAUUCCAGACGCCUUAUCUCGAGCUCCCGUCCAUGAUCCGGGCCCAGACGACGAAGCUGCCAACACGGACGCCUCGUCCUUUGCCCGACACGUUGUUUUGGGUCAGAUCCAGGUCCUGCAACGCGACGCCGACGACACCGCGGAGCCAGAUCACGGCACUGAACCCGACCACCUGCCGGACCCCAUGCUGGACCAACUGAGAGCAGUGGCCGCGGCUGACGCCGACUACAGAGACAUUGUGACGGCCAUUUCAUCUGGUUUCCCCACUCCUCGAGACAAAACGUCAAUGUCGGUGCGCCAGUAUUGGGCCAUUCGAGAAGCCUUAUCAGUCGAUAACGGAAUCGCCCUCUUCGGCCGCCGGAUCAUCGUUCCACUAUCCGCCCGGCACGAGGUAUUAGGGAAGCUCCAUGCGGCCCACCAGGGGAUCGUGCGGAUGAAGCGGCGGGCCCGGCAGACGGUUUAUUGGCCUGGAAUUUCCAACGAAAUAACCUUCUUAGUGGAGAGCUGCCAACCAUGCCAGGAGCGGCGGCCCCAUCACCAACAGGAGCCCCUCUUGCGCGACCCCCUACCUACGCGGGUGUUCGAGGACGUCUCCACGGACCUUUUCCAGUUCGGCCAGCUUCACGUUUUGGUGUACGUGGAUCGCUUAUCGGGCUGGCCCGUUGUUCAUCGAUGGUUCCACGAUCCGUCCGCCCGCGAGGUUUCUCAGGCCAUCGUGGAGUCUUUCACCAAUCUCGGCGUCCCGGCAAGACUGCGGUCCGACAACGGCCCUCAAUUUGAGGCACAUGCUUUCCAGUCCAUGUUACGCAACUGGGGAGUCGUUUGGGGCAAUUCGACCCCGGGCUACUCCCAAAGCAACGGGCAUGCCGAGGCGGCGGUGGCGGCAAUGAAGGAUCUCGUGGCCAAAAUUGCGCCAACCGGCGACGUGACGUCGGAAGCUUUCGCCCAGGGGAUGCUGGAGUUCCGGAAUACCCCCAGAGAAAAUGGACUCUCCCCGGCAGAGAUGGUGUUCGGCCACCAACUGCGAUCCAUCGUCCCGGCGCAUCGAUCCUCCUUCGCGACCCAGUGGCAGAAAAUUAUGGAAGCAACGGAUCGCCAAGCGGAACUCGACGCCGUCAUUAAAUUCCGCUACGACGAACAUGCCCGGCCAUUGGGGCCGCUUUCUGUUGGCACAGCCGUACGCGUCCGGGAUCCGAAGUCCAAACUGUGGGACAAAGUUGGGGUCAUCGUGGCCAUCGGUCGGUACCGGUCAUACCGCAUCAAAUUCGCGAGCGGCAGCGUCCUAUGGCGCAACCGACGUUUCAUCCGCCCCAUGUCGGCGAUUCCGGACAGCGGUACAACUCCUUCCGGCGGGGCGAGCGGCGAUGGUGACCGCGAGUCGAGCUGCGGCCUAACGGGCGUGAACGACUCCCCCACUCCUUCCGAUGCAGCAACUGUUCCGGCCGCAAGCGAUCAACAUCCAAAUCCACCUGUACGACGCGGCACGCGCGCACGAAGAAACAAAGUCCAUUUUGAGUGUGACGGAUUCUAA